CCGUGAGAGUCGCUUCGGAAAUCCGACUAGUAGAGUCGUAUUCUUUCCCUAGGCAUGAACGACGAAGAUCGACGAUCCCACGUUCUUACGAGUUUACCAGUUGAUCCAGUGAUCUCCCAGCGUUUUCUGAUCUUAGGCACGAUCCAGCUUGACCUUACAACCUUAAGUCGUAAAAUCGUACAAGUUAGCAAUCUUAGUCGCGACCUUACAACCUUGGUUAAAUCACCUAAACCUAAUGUUUCGACCUCAAACUCUUCCAUUAUUCUAUCGUUCUUAUCAAUAUGUUGAGCGCCGCUACUUUCAAUCGUCAACUAAGUUAUUAGAAUCAUAAAAGAGAUGUACUAUCAUGGAAGAGAACACUGACACUCACUAGUCACUACCACAGGUUGUAUUGUUGCAGUUAAAGUUAAAUUGGGUGGCCGUGGUAUAAGGAGUUUAGUUAGUUGUUCAAGCUCAUAUCCAUUAUUUCAGGUUUUACUAGUGUGUGGCUUAAUUUUGUAUUCUGAUAUUCUGUAUACGCAAUUAAAUUUUUGACUUUUUCAAAUCCUCUACUUUGUUGCUGGUUGCUGGUUUUUUGAAUCCUCUACUUUGUUGUUUCAUGAUCAUGAAAUAGGGGUACGAGUUUUACCCAAUUUAUGUCAUUUCCAAAACAGACCUCACAAAAUAUAUUUAACUAAUACGUAGUAUUAAUUUAAUAAAGAAAUGAUGUAAUUAUAUGAAUUGGUCUUUAAGAGUUUAAGAGUUAUUAGAUGCUUGGUACAUUGUUAUUGUCUUCCUCAAUAACAGUUUUAUGUAGAUGACUCCUUACAGGGUUUUAGCUCUCUUGAAAUCGCGUACUGCAUCGAGAUGGAGUUGCAGGCCAUUUCAAAAACGGGAGACCAAGAUUUUGCACCAAAAAAUUGUUACUCUCGGCUUGCAAAGCAGCAUCCCAUUAUCAAAGGGCCUUACAGAUUUGUACUGUUGUUGCCAAGAUUUCCGAUCCGCCAAGUUGGUCUUCCAGAAUCUUAACAACCCUCUGGACAUCACUUUAUGGAAUGGCCUCAUGGCGGCUUAUACCUGCAACUCCGGCUUCAUCGAAGCUCUUGAGCUCUUCAUCAGGUUACUGCUCUUAUCCCCUUACCUCAAGCCCGACGCCUACACUUAUCCCAGUGUUCUUAAGGCAUGUAGCGGUCUAGGUUGCCACGUGCAAAUCGGUAAAGCAGUACACGGCCGCUUGAUCAAGACUGGUUUCUUGUUUGAUGUGGUCGUUGCAAGCUCUGUGGUGGGAAUGUAUGCAAAAGGGGGUGAUUUUAAAGCAGCAACUGAGGUGUUUGAUGAAAUUCCCGUCAGAGAUGUGGCUUGUUGGAAUACUCUUAUUUCAUCUUAUUACCAAAGUGGAGAGUGCGGCAAAGCUUUAGAGUUGUUCGAGAAGAUGAAGGAUUCUGGAAGCACGCCAAACUCUGUGUCUUACACAGCUGCCAUAUCUUCUUGCGGAAGGCUUCUGGAUUUAGACAGAGGCGAGAAGAUCUAUGCUGAACUUGCGAAAGAUGGGGUUUCCCCAGACUGUUUUGUUUCCUCUGCUCUUGUGGACAUGUUUGGGAGAUGCGGUCAUAUAGAGAGAGCAGAGGAGGUGUUCAGGCGAAUCCCAAACAAGACUUUGGUUUCUUGGAAUGCCAUGAUUUCCGGGUAUAGUUUGAGAGGCGAUAGCAAGGCGUGCAUUGACCUUCUUCUGAGGAUGAAUGAAGAAGAUAUCAAACUUUCUCUGACAACCUUAACCAGCUUGCUGAUGUCGUGUUCCAGAUCGGCCCAACUGUUGCACGGUAAGUUUGUCCAUGCUUACAUCAUCAGACACAAUAUAGAAACCGAUAUGUUUGUUCAAUGCUCGCUAAUUGAUCUCUACUUUAAAUGUGGAAAAGCUGAGACCGCCAAACGAGUCUUUAGUACAACCCCAAAAGGCGAUGUAACUGCCUGGAAUACAAUGAUCUCUGGGUUCGUGUCAUCCGGAUUUUACUUGGAUGCCCUUGACAUCUAUAGUGACAUGAAUGUGGUGGGAAGUAUAAAACCUGAUGCAAUCACGUUCACUAGUGUAUUAGUGGCUUGUUCACAAUUGACAACCUUAGAUAAAGGGAGAGAGGUUCAUAAUAGUAUAGUUGAUCAUAAGUUCGAUUCAAAUGAAAUAGUAAUGGGAGCACUACUGGACAUGUAUGCCAAAUGUGGUGCUGUUAAUGAAGCUUUUGAAGUGUUCUCCCAUCUUCCCCGGAGAGAUAUUGUCUCAUGGACCUCUAUGAUUGUGGCUUACGGGUCCCACGGCCGGGCACUUGAAGCUUUACACCUCUUCCAUGAAAUGCUCCAACUGUCUGAUAUUAAACCUGACAAGGUCACAUUUCUUGCAGUCAUUUCGGCUUGUAGCCAUGCGGGAUUAGUUGAUGAGGGUUGCCAUUAUUUCAAUUUAAUGAUUAAUUAUUAUGGAAUCAAACCUGGAAUUGAGGACUACUCUUGUCUCCUAGAUCUUCUAGGACGUUCCGGAAGAUUAAGUGAAGUGUAUGGAAUUCUUCAGAGACACCCUUCCAUGAGAGAAGAUGUUUCGUUGUUAAGUACACUGUUUUCUGCUUGCUAUAUGCACAAGGAAGAAGAAGGUAUCAGGGAGGAAGUUGCAGAACUUCUAAUCCAGAAAGGUUAUAAUGAUCCAUCAACUUAUGUGGUUAUGGCAAACAUGUUUGCAAUUAAAAAGGAAUGGAGCAAAGUGAUGGAUAUGAGAAUGAAGAUGAAAGAACUUGGGUUGAGGAAGAACCCCGGUUGUAGCUGGAUUGAAGUUGACAAGAGAAUGCACACCUUCUUUGCUGAUGACCAAUCAUUACCAGCUGCCGAAAUGGUAUACCAAUGUCUGAACACAAUAAGAAACCAUAUUGACACAUCUGAAAUUAUGGUGAUUUGGGACCAGUGGCAUUGCCACCAAGACAUGGUGAAUCUUUGAAAAGUACACAUCGAACGUGAAGGGGUGUUAUCCAUUGUGUUUAGCAUAAGACAUGUCUUCCAGGGCUUCUAUAUAGCACGGUGGUGGGCGUGCUAUUCGUGGUCGAGUAAAUAAUGGUGCUUUUGUUGGUGCGGGAACAACCCGAAACUUGUCUUUAGGGGAACAUAUGACUGAAUGGUCAUCACUCACCCAACACCCCCGCAUCAAAUGCAAGCACCUCAUUUGCUUCAAUUACUAGGGCUGAUCUGUUUAUGUAGCCUAACGUGACACAACAAAAUGUCCCACACACAGCACUGCGACCACAUCAUAGUCGUCUGAAAGUAAAUCAUAAAGUGAAAAGUCUUAGAAAACUAUUGUCACAAAGUUGUUUACUGGAUGACCACCCAACUAUGGAAGUUUGGAACCUAAGGCUCGUGAAGAAUACAUAUCACGAUUCUUGCAAGAGUAUACAUGGACACCGUCAGAUAAUGGACAAAUGAUUUCCAAACUUCAUUCAACGUUUUCUAGUCGUUAUACGGCACGCAUGUCAAAUAUGAGACUACAUGUACAAAAACAAAAUCCAGAUUUUCUUGAAGAUCAAUAUUAUACAAGAUUCAUUCCCUACUGACCAGAGCUUGUAACUCCUCACACAUGGGUUAAAUUAUGCAACUAUUGGAACUCUGAUGAAUGGAAGAAGUCUGAAUUUGUAAGGUGUAAUCGUGUUGGCAAUGAAAGCUAAAACAAAUAUGUAGGAAACCUUGGUGAGGGUGAAGUUCCUGCUAAAACAAAAGGCGGUAGAAAUUGGCCGAAUUCCCAUAAUGGAGGACUUUGUUGAUGAGUGGUGUACAAUUGACCUUACACAGACCAGCCGCAUCCGACAACCCAUGCUCGUUGAUUGUAAUUUUAUCGUGUACGCAUGAAAGAAAAAUAUGGACCAGAUCAGGCACAACAUCCGAUGUUUGACUAUGAGAUAUGGGCAGAGAUUGGACUAUUAGUUGGCGUACCAGGACAAUUAUCUCAUCCUCAUUUGCUUCAACCAUCUAAACCGGAGGAGGAGAUUAAAUUAUUCCCUAAGCGAAUAUAAGCCUGGCAGGCAUUGAUCCUAUGUAUCUAUGGACACCAUGUCCCAUCCCAACCAGCAGGUCUAGCACUAAACAAACUUGAAGUUAUAUUACAGGAUUAUGGAUCGCAAACCCAUUCAUAAAAAAAGCUGCCAAGCACUGACCGAUUAAAGACUGUUACUCAUUCUUCAAAGGAGAUUUUCAGCAAUGGACAUGCCUGUUAGUCUCAAUAUGAAAAAUGUGUUAUAUCACGUGAACUCGGAUGUAGAGAAGUUCUGCACACUGUAAAGGAUGCAAGCAUGAAGCAGUAUUAUAGACAGCGUGAAGGUUGUGAAGCAAUGAUUGUAAUACAGAGAGAAAAAAAAUGGGACCAUGUGAGUGGUGAGGAAGUUUGUGAGAAACCAUAGUCAUCCCUUGACGGCAGAUUCACCCCUCAAUGGCCAUUUAUCUUCCGUUGAUAAUAGGGACAUUUACGAAGGAAUGAAAGGACUGUCACCUCAACAUUGGAAGCACUGGACUAGCUACAAGAGAUCCAGAGAAGGCUCAAAAACUACAACUGUACAAUCACGCAUAUCCAUCCAAAGAUCAAUAGAGCACGGAGUAUUUGGCUCUUAGAAACAUUUCUAUAAAAACCUUGAAUCAUCACUUUAAUCAUUUUGUUGGUAUCUUAAAGUUUGAUGCAAUUGGUUAUCCUUAUGCAUUUGAUUCUGAGUAGGUUUUGGUAUAAUCCUCCUACUCUUUGUAGUAAGUUUUCUUUCAUAAUAAACACUUAAACAGGUAGGGUGUUCCCUGGCCCCUACUCCAAGAAAGCCAAUAAGCUUUCUUGGUCUCCAACCAGGUCAAAAAAAAAAUAGCGAAUUGGAAUAACUAUUGAACCUUGUAAUUGUAGUUGUACUAUAAGUCUAUACUUAUUGACAAUCAUUUUCUUAUACGUUGAAGAUUUGGUAAUGUUAUC